ACCGCAAUCUCCACCUCCUGGGUUCAGGCAAUUCUCCUUCCUCAGCCUCCCGAGCAGCUGGGAUUACAGGCACGCACCACCGUGCCCAGCUAAUUUUUUGUAAUUUUAGUAGAGACGGGGUUUCACCAUGUUGACCAAGAUGGUCUCGAUCUGUUGACCUUGUGAUCCACCCGCCUCGGCCUCCCAAAGUGCUGGGAUUACAGGCUUGAGCCACCGCGCCCGGCCAGAAGGGAUUUUUUUAAAAGACCCUUCACCCCCUCUUGACAUUGGUAAGUGACGCUUGCACCUGGCGGCCUUGCUGAAUUCUGUGUGCCUGAGGGUCGGGUUCCACGGAGAAUCAUCAUAGGAAACUCACUCCACGGAAAAGGAUCAGAGGGGACCCCUGCGCACACCUCCCUUCAGAAACAGAAACCUUCACAGCCGAGGCACAUUCCCCACUGGGAACAGCAGCUCACGGCAUUCCUCCGGGAGGGCUUCAGGGGCAGGGAGGGGCUUCAGGCAUCAAGGCCACCCACCCAGGCUGUGGUCCCAGGUCAGGGGGAGCCGCUCUUCCCCAGCAGCCUGCAGCCAGCCUGGACCGGAGGGGAAAACUGCCCCGCUUCACCAGGCCAGCGAGUGCCCGGGGGCAGGUCUGUUCCAGUUGUCCCUGAGGGAAGGGGUAGGCGUGUGCCUGGAGCUGGCCCCGGCCCUGGGUGGGAGCUGCCUCCCUGACCUGUGUCCUCUCGGCCCCGAGAGGGACGGCUCAUAGCCUUGCGAGGUCCACACUGCACUGCCCUGGGUCAGGAACGCGCUCCCAGGAGUCCUGUCUGGACUGUGUGUCCCGAGCAUGCCGACCUGGGACUGUUAGGUGGCCACGCUGCCCCCUCCCCCUUCUGCCCCCGGUUUCACCACCCAAAAAUCCAGAGAGGCGUGAAGCCUGGGCCCGGGGUUCCCACCCACACCCACCAAGGGCAGGCUGAGGGCAGCUUUGCCUUCCCAGCACCCUUUCUCCCCCAGGUGGGGGGCCUGGCCCACGCCCGUCUGCGGCUCCUGCUCGGGGUCUCCACCCACACAUUCCUGUGGCGUGAGGUGCAGCCGCUCCCAGCUGCCCCGGGCAAAGCCGUCAUUUGUUCCCCUUGAGGGCCUGGGAGGCUGCCAGGCUCCCCACACCCACUUCCCAGUUGAAGAAACCGAGGCAGAGGAGGCUCAGGUGUGACCAAUCACGGUGCUGGUCAGAGUUGCCCCGGGCAGGGCCCACGGAGACUCUGGGAGGGGCCACUUUGGACCUGGGGUGCUGGGGGCUGCUUGGGCGUGAGGGGAUUCCCUCCCUACCCAGCUGCGCAGAAGCCCUUGGAGGCCUGGGGGGCUGGGCUCCCCCUUUCCCACCGCCCUUUGGAGAACCACGUGGGCACCACCGGAGACCUGAAGGGGCCGUCCUGUCCGCCGUGGGUGCCGCCAGUGCCACGCUGUCCUGUCUCUGCCUGGCUGGCCACUCCCACCUGCUGUGACUCGAGGACAGACAGACACCCACGGUGCCUCCUGCCCUGGGAUCUUGGGGAGACUGACGCCAGCCUGAGCUGCUUGCUCUAAACUCUCCCCACCCUGCCCUGCCCUUCUGGGAGAGGGAGUGAGUGUCAACUGAAGCCUGGGCUGUCUGGACUGGGGACCAGGCUCUUAGACGCAGCCCCUCCCCUGGGCAGGAGGAGCCAGUCAGGGCAGGGGACAGAGGGCUCUGCAGCUGGAGAGCAGGGCCAGCGCUUGGACACAAACUGCAGACACAGACCAUGGCCUUGCCAACAGCUCGACCCCUGUUGAGGUCCUGCGGGAGCCCCGCCCUUGGCAGCCUGCUGUUCCUGCUCCUCAGCCUCGGAUGGGUGCAGCCCUCGAAGGCUUGGACCAGAGAGACAGGGCAGGAGGCUGCACCCCCGGACCCAGUCCUGGCCAACACGUCUGACAUUGCCAGCCUCUCCCCUGGCGGCCUGCUUGGCUUCACGUGUGCGGAGGUGUCUGCCCUGAGCUUGGAGAGUGUCCAGGAGCUGGUUGUGUCCUUGGGACAGAAGAACGUCACGCUCUCAGCAGAGCAGCUGCGCUGUCUGGCUCACCGGCUCUCUGAGCCCCCCGAGGACCUGGACGCCCUCCCGCUGGACCUGCUGCUAUUCCUCAACCCGGCCGCGUUCUCAGGGUCCCAGGCCUGCACCCGUUUCUUCUCCCGCGUCUUGAAGGCCAAUGUGGAUCUGCUCCCUCGGGGGGCUCCUGAGCGACAGCGGCUGCUGUUCGCGGCUCUGGCCUGCCGGGGCGUGCGGGGGUCUCUGCUGAGCGAGGCUGACGUGCGUGCUCUGGGAGGCCUGGCUUGCGACCUGCCCGGGCGCUUCGUGGCCGAGUCGGCAGAGGUGCUGCUACCCCGGCUGGUGCACUGCCUGGGACCCCUGGAUCAGGAGCAGCAGGAGGCAGCCAGGACAGCUCUGCAGGGCGGAGCACCCCCCUACGGCCCCCCGUCAAUGUGGUCAGUCUCCACCCUGGACGCUCUGCAGGACCUGCUACCCGUGCUGGGCCAGCCCAUCGUCCGCAGCAUCCCACAGGGCAUCGUGGCUGCGUGGCGAAAACGCUCCUCUCGAGACCCAUCCUGGCGGCAGCCUGAACAGACUGUCCUCCAUCCGAGGCUCCGGCGGGAUGUGGAGAAGAAGGCCUGUCCCCCAGGCAAGGUGGCCCACGAGAUAGACGAGAACCUCAUCUUCUACAAGAAGUGGGAGCUGGAAGCUUGUGUGAACGCGUCCCUGCUGGCCACCCAGAUGGACCGCGUGGACGCCAUCCCCUUCACCUAUGAGCAGCUGGGCAUCCUAAAGCAGAAACUGGACGAGCUCUACCCACAGGGCUAUCCCGAGCCGGUGAUCCAGCACCUGGGCCAGUUCUUCCUAAAGAUGAGCCCUGAGGACAUUCGAAAGUGGAAUGUGACCUCCCUAGAGACCUUGAAGGCUCUGCUCGAAGUCAGCAAGGGGCAUGAAAUGAGUAUUCAGGUGGCCACUCUGAUUGACCGCUUCAUGAUGGGAAGGAGCCAGCUAGACAAAGACACCCUGGACACCCUGACUGCCUUCUACCCCGGGUACCUGUGCUUCCUCAGCCCUGAGCAGCUAGGCUCCGUGCCUCCCAGCCUCAUCUGGGUGAUCAGGCCCCAGGACCUGGACACGUGUGGUCCGAGGCAGCUAGAGGUCCUCUAUCCCAAGGCCCGGCUUGCUUUCCAGAACGUGAAUGGGUCUGAAUACUUCUCGAAGAUCCGGGCCUUCCUGGGUGGAGCCCCCACGGAGGACUUGAAGGUGCUCAGUCAGCAGAAUGUGAGCAUGGACUUGGCCACGUUCAUGAAGCUGCGGACGGAAGCGGUGCUGCCACUGACCGUGGCUGAGGUGCAGAAACUCCUGGGACCCCACGCGGACGGCCUGAAAGCCGAGGAGCGGCACAGCCCAGUACGCGACUGGAUCCUGCGGCAGCGGCAGGUCGACCUGGACACGCUGGGGCUGGGGCUGCAGGGUGGCAUCCCCAACGGCUACCUCAUCCUGGACCGUGGCGUGCGAGAGGCUCUCUCGGGGACUCCCUGCCUGCUAGGGCCAGGACCUGGACCUGUGCUCACCCUCUUGGCUCUGUUCCUGGCCUCCACCCUGGCCUGAGACCUCCACUCCAUUCCUGGCCCCAGCCCCACUGGGGAUCCCUGCCUGGCUGGGACCAGGCCUGGCUGGUCCCUGUUCCACACCAGGAGAACUUGGCCUCAGUAAACGGGGAUAUGCCCCCUGCAGACAUA